AUGGCUGAAGGAAUAGCAAUAGUAACAGAAAGAAUUGAAUUAAAUUAUGGUAAGGGACUCCCAGAACUGAACAGGUGAGAUACAGUAAACACUAAAGAAAGAUGUCUAUUUUAGCUUAUCCUGAGUAGGGACUAUUUCUAAGAAUUUUACAUGAUAGGAUACACAGGGCCCUCCAUCCUGCUCCCACAAUCGUUUUUGUCCAGGGAUAUCAUGCUACAUGUAAACAUACAAUUCAAAUAUAUUUCUCUAAAUAUUAACAUUGCAAAAAUAUUUCAAUAUAAUAGAUACAUUUGUUAAAAAAAUCUUUAUUCAAGUUUUGCGAAAAAACACUAGUUUAUGUAUGUAGAAAAAUAUGUUGUUUUUUCUUCCUAUUUAAUUGAAAGCAGAUCUUAUUAUACAUGCAUUUUGAACUGUCAAAAUAACUGCUUAAUGCAGGGGUGAAAGGUUUGAUAAAUACGGCAAAACAACAAUUUCGGAAACAAAGCCCUCAAGUGUGCACACUAUUUACAAUCUUGUCAGUCUGCAAAAGAGGCUGAGUCUCACGAGAGACCAAUUAUUUGUAGCAGGGCCCAUCCAAUUAAGCAUGAAACAAAAAGUAUUCUUUGAGUUUAGGAAGUGUAAAACUACAUAAAGAUGCUACUGCUGUGUUAAAUAAACAGUUUAGUUGUAAUUGUAUUUAUAUAUGUUGCAUUUUUAAGUAGAAUACAAAUAUACAAUAGAAGACAUAGUCCUCAUAUUAAGAUUGAAUUAAUACUCACAUGUACUGUGACUGUAUAAACACGCAACUUGGUUGCUUAUGUAAGCGUUAUUUGAGGUGUACUAAACUGUUUGUCAAUUUAAUGGUACUGAGCUCAUAAGCUUACAAUGAGCUGAACCUUAGAGUCUUGUAAAUACCACAAGGAAGGAUUACCUGAGGUUGGUUUAAUAAGAUUGGUUUAUGCCUUAAUGUGUUAUGGUACAUUUCUAACAUCACAUUAAGAUUUAGAUAUCAGCCCCCUUGCAAGUAGGGUAUAGAAAGGAACAAUUUCCCUUUGAAGUGUUCUUUAAAUUCUAUUACUUAGAAAUAGUUUUAAUUGUGGCAACUGAAUACCAAUUCUCCCAGAAGUUUAUGGGAAAUUGAUGUUAAAGGGUGUGGCAAAACCACUGCUUAUUCGUGUGUUUUUCACUGGUACUGUGUGUUUCCCCUUGUAUUUCAUGUAGUGUAACCUGUUUCCCCAUUCGGAAGCGUCCAUAUGAACGGAAUCAAUUCGUCUCCCCGAUACCCUAUAAGAAUGUUCACACCAAUUACUUAGAAAAUUCACACCAAUAACAUAAGUGCGAAACCGCAAAGGAAGUAAUUGAGUGCUCACCUGGGUGGCCUCCAUUUCAUAUACACGAACGCCAACCAGGGGGAGCAUUCGUAUCCAGAAAAUAGACGCUUCCCUUACAUGUUGUUCACACAGGAACCACACAGAGGCCGGUUGGGGAAAUGUACUAUUUUGGGGGUUCCUGAGGUUGGUGGGGAUGCUUUUGGGGCACUGGCUAUUUUGGUGGGCUUUCUGUACCUGGGAGACAAAAAGACUAGACCCAUUUUCCCAUGCCUUGGAUCCCAGGCACAGAGGAUCCUGGGAUGGAAACCCCUGUUUGUGUGGAAGACUCCUUGCAGGGCAGUUAUGCAUAAAAGCCAUGUGUGGCACAAUAAAAUCGAGUUGUACUCCCAGAGCUGUGUGUCAUCCAGUUACUGGGGGGAAUGGGUGUAUUUAUACUUUAAGUGGCUCCAGAGUGGCUGAGGGAAGGAAUUAGCGGAGAUAACCUGUCCGGAUACCCGUGGUCUGCUACAAAGGGAUAAUUUUAGAGAAUGCAGGUUAGAUUUAUGUACCCAUAUAAAAACAAUAAGCAAGAUACCUAAUACAGUUAUAAGGUGUACAUACAUAUCUAUGGAUACAAAUAUAACACCAUUUAAGGUUACAAUUCAAACCAAAUUUAUUUCACAUUGCUUUGGAAAAAUAUACUGAGAUACUGGAUGAAACAUCAUAAUAAGGUAAAUAUUUUAAGACAUAUAUUACAAUCCAAGCACGUUUGUAAACAAACUGAAAUAAAACCACAAAAUCAGAACAGGUAUUUAUAUAUUCAUCCUUUUUAUAGCUUUUUAAAUAGAGUUAUACAUCGAAUAAGUCAAUGGGACCUGCUGGAAUACACCCAAAGUUAUUAAAAGAGCUUAGUGGUGUACUAGCAAAACCAUUAACAUAUUUAUUUACCAACAAUUGUUAACAGGAGUAGUCCCAGAAGAUUGGAAGUUAGCGAAUGUUGUGCCCAUUCACAAAAAAGGUAAUAGGGAGGAGUUGGGCAACUAUAGGCCAGUAAGCCUUACUUCAGUAGUGGGGAAAGUGAUGGAAACCAUGUUAAAGGAUAAGAUUGUUGAACUUGAUUUUUUUGAUUGGGUAACUAAAAUAAUAGAUCAGGGUGGUGCAGUAGACAUUGCUUACCUAGAUUUCAGUAAGGCUUUUGACACUGUUGCGCAUAGAAGGCUUAUCAGUAAAUUGCAAUCUUUAAGUUUGGAUUCCAAUAUUGUUGAAUGGGUAAGGCAGUGGCUGAGUGAUAGGCAACAGAGGGUUGUAGUCAAUGGAGUAUAUUCGAAGCUUGGGCUUGUCACCAGUGGGAUACCUCAGGGAUCUGUACUUGGACCCAUUCUCUGCAGAAGGUCUUGAUGGUAAGGUAUGUCUUUUUGCUGAUGAUACUAAGAUAUGUAACAGGGUUGAUGUUCCAGGAGGGAUAAGCCAAAUGAUUUAGGUAAACUAGAAAAAUGGUCAGAGUUGUGGCAACUGACAUUUAAUGUGGAUAAGUGCAAGAUAAUGCAUCUUGGAUGUAAAAACCUAAGGGCAGAGUACAGAAUAUUUAAUAGAGUCCUAAUCUCAUCAUCGGAGGAAAGGGAUUUAGGGGUGAAUAUUUCUGAUGACUUAAAGGUAGGCAGACAAUGUAAUAGAGCUGCAAGAAAUGCUAGCAGAAUGCUUGGUUGUAUAGUAAGUAUUGUACGCAGUACUGGAGACCGUAUCUUCAGAAGGAUAUUGAUACCUUAGAGAGAGUUCAGAGAAGGGCUACUAAAUGAUCUUAACAUGUUUAGUGUGGAGGAAAGACGAGACAGGGGGGAUAUGAUAGAAACAUUUAAAUACAUAAAGGGAAUCAACACAGUAAAGGAGGGGACUAUAUUUAAAAUAAGAAAAACUGCCACAACAAGAGGACAUAGUCUUAAAUUAGGCAAAAGUUUAAAAAUAACAUCAGAAAGUAUUCCUUUACUGAGAGGGUAGUGGAUGCAUGGGAUAGCCUUCCAGCUGAAGUGGUAGAGGUUAACACAUUAAAGGAAUUUAAGCAUACGUGGGAUCGGCAUAAGGCUACCCUAACUAUAUGAUAAGGCCAGGGACUAAUUAAAGUAUUUAGGAAAUUGGGCAGACUAGAUGGGCCGAAUAGUUCUUAUCUGCCGUCACAUUCUAUGUUUCUAUGUUUCUAUGCAAUCAAACCUGCAUCAAUGGAUAAUAUUUUAGUAUCAGUACUUUUUAAUUAUUGACACUGUGUAUUUUCUCCUCUUUCCCAUUUGUUGUAUGGAGAUACUUCCUGAAAAAGUACUCUAAUACCAUCAGGACAACUUAUAUAGCAAUGCUAUAAAUUACCCCACCCCCAAUAUGGUAUUAUUGGGCAAAGAUGGAAUAAUGUACACAUAUUAGUUGUGUAAACAUUUAUUCCUGGUAGAGACAACCAUUUGCCCGGAGAUAAGAUGGGGAAUUAAACCUCGGACGUGAUAUAUAAAUGGUAAGGAAAUGUUCACAAUAUCUGCAAGAUAAUAAUAUGAAACAUAGUGUGUACUGUUUAUUUAAAGAAAUUAAAAAGGAGUAAUUUCCUUACCAUUUAUAUACAUAAGUAUAUUUGUAUUGUACAACUGUAUUCAGUCUGAAGGGUUCACCUCUACUUGGUGUGAUUGUUUACACUUUGUUGUAGGUGUUGUGUUGUUUUGUUUGGUAUUAUAUAAACAUGUGUGCCCUCCAUCUUAAUAUUGAAUGAUAUGGCUAUUAUCUGUAUAAAUCUAUAUAUCUGAAAUAGUCUAUAUUGAGUAUGGAUGUUAAUUCUAGUAUUACGUUAUUAGGAGAAAUGUUCUGCAAAAUUAUUAUUUUCUGCUAUAGUUUCCCCAAAUGACCAGAUCCAUAAAAAGAUCUUAUAGCCUCGUUUCCACUGAGCGGUACAGUUCGGGUUGGUACAGUUAGGGUUAGAAUGGUCCAGCCUAUUCAGGUAAGCAUUUCCACUGCAAGUUGGACCACCAGGGGGCUUGCGGGAUUUAGAUCAAAUGCCUAGUUUGCAGGAAUCCUUCUCCUAUUAUCUGGACUGAAUGGCGACGUGUUGUUUGUUUCGCGCUUGCCUUUGAUGUGAGCAGUGACAUUUUUCUGUCUGCCAAUCAAUGGACUGUAUCGUGUGACGCCAGUAGCUCCGCCCUAACCGGACUGUGCCAUUUCCUAUGGACCUACAACUGAAGGCGGCACAGGAAUGGUGCGGCUUGGUUCGCUUGUAUGAGCCACUUUUAUAAUGGAAACACUCAAAAUAGCGUACCAAACCAUAUCGACCCAAACCGUUCCUCUCAGUGGAAACGAGGCAUAUGUCACAAACACUAAUGAUGCAUUUUUGUUCCAUUUAUGCAAUCUUUUUCUCUGUGGUGGCACAUAUUUACUUUGCCUUAAACUGCUAUGUAAGCAAGUUUAACUUCUACUUCUACUUAUAUUCUUACUUACUGCUAAAUAUCCUUACUUAUUAUGUCUAUUAACAAGUAUAUCCUGAAAUAUAUCUAUUAACUCUACUGAAGACCUGCACCAAAAUUGACUUUAAAUAUUACAAUUUACUACAAAGAUUGUCAAGAAAAAAUAUCAAGCAUAUAACGUUUCUGACCUCCACAUUUUGUGUAAUUCUACCCCACUCUUUUUAAUUUAUUAGAGUAGGAAACUCACCACCUCCGUUUCUGUAAGUCAAACUUGUCAUGUUGCAAUUACAGUUUUGUCUGCCAACUGUACAGCACUGAAGAGUUUGUUAGAAAGCUAACAAUUAUUAAUGUUGCUAUUAUAAAUAAACCACUUACAAUGCAGCACCUUACAAUGGACUCAUUGUGGAUUAUAGUUGAUUAUACAGCAACAACAAAAAAGCCAUAUUUCCUCAUACCUGUACACUUUUUGUCAAUCAGUUUAUUGUGGUGAAUAUCGACUACAGAAACAUGCAACUAUGCCACUUUCCUCUUGGUAAAGUUUUUUUGUUUUAUUAAAUAUACUUUUUACAGGAUAUUUAGACAGAGCAGCUGUCCCAAAAAUAGCUUACUCCUCUUAAUUGCUCCAAUUCUUAAACUUUGUACAAAUCGCCGGAAACAUGCCAUGUUAAAAAAAUGAAAUGGGAUAAUUUUGGAUUCCAUAUGUACUCUUCCCUUUUUUGGGUGUUACAAAUGUUCUUCUCUGGAAAUAGCUUAUAUUACCUGAGCAGUAAACUCGCAUGACGUUAUUUUUUUUAAACACCUUGCAUUUUACUUACCGAUUCACUCUAGAAAAAAAGCUAGGUUUUCUUACAAAGAUUUGUGAAUAUGUAUUUACAAAUAAUAAUGAUAAUAAAACAAAUAAUGUGUAUACGUUUGAAAAUCAGUGUAUUCUCCCUUCUCAAAAAUACCUAAAAUACACAAACAAAAAUACAUUUGCAUUAUUUAACUGUUAUGUUUGCGACAAUUAUUGAUAAAUAUAUGCCAGCAUAAAACAUGUCCAUUGUCUAUUGAGCAAAGGAGUUCUAAUUAAUGUGUUUUAUGAAGUUCUUAGGGUUUUACUCAGUUUGUUGAUUGAAUUGUGCUGGCCUUUAACCCAACAAUCUUUCAAAUAAACCCAUCUCACCCAUUGCUUGUUAACUCAUCUAUAAUUAAACUCAGACCUUUGUGACCACCAUGUUUGACAUUUGACAUUUCACAUGACAGCCUUCUCCACUGCUCUGUAAAGAGGUACAAAUGUUCUCUAAAUUUUAAAGCAAUAAGGCAUGGCUGCUUUCUUAAUAGAGGCAAUACAUAUAUUGGGGCUAUUCAUCAAAUGGUGAACUGCAGUAAAACGAGGGGUAGCAAAAUUAAGGAAAAAAUGCAGAAUUUAUUAUUUACCUGUUGUCAUUACUCGAUUUUUAGCUUUAAACAGUGGUUCUAAUCCAUAUCUGAACAUAUGAUAUUGGGAUAGUUUUAUCAGAACAAUUCUAUAAAAUUUUCCAGUUUAGAGAUCUUGACCUGGAUAUUAUAAUUCAUCACAAUUCAUUGUUUAAUGAAUCAACCAAGUUCAUUAAAACAGUAUAUAGUAGUGAACUGAAACCCAGAUUGUAAAAUGUAGGCAAACCUAUAUGAAAGAGAAAAAAAAUUCAACUAUAAUCACAGCUUGGCAAUUUUGUUUUAUUUUUUUAAUUCUUUCUUUUUGUUGUGCAAGUGAGAACAGCAAACUUGUAAAGCCACGACAGCUGUAUCAAGCCCAAUAACAACAGUAUAAAACAUCAACAUGGCACACAGAGUGAUAGCACAGUUUUAAAAAAAAUAAGAGUAUGAAUAAUUAUGCAUCUUCAGACUGUUUUCACUAUAAAGCUAAUAAUCAUUUAAAUCGUCUUAGACACAGAGACUGUGAACUUUAUAACACUCCAGUGGCACCCCCGAGACAGUGAUCAGGAGUCUGGAGUUAUCAACAUACUGAAUUAAACUAGAAAGCAGCAAUGCAAGCACAGUAAGAGUUAAGUCAUAAAGGUUAGAGCAGGGGAACUGCGUCUCAAGACAGUUAUGAGUGUUACCCUCUGAUAGUUGGGGGAGGUGAUUAAUUAAUGUGAUAGAAAUAAAUGAUUGAUAAAGAGGACAUAAAGGAACAAGUUAGGAUGUUAAGAAUGUCACAGUUCUAAGAGGUAUAAGUGGGUCAAAACCCGGUUGUUGCAAUGGGCUGGGUUGCUCCUAUGGCCAUUAAGAGUGAGUUUACCCAAGAGACACUCACAAUAUAAAAUUCAAAAGUGAGACAGCAAAACUUCAGGCAGAGUUAAGAAGCUUUCAGAUACACUUGGAAGAAUAUGACCUAGAGUAGAAGUAUUAAACAUGGUUAUGCAAUAUGCAUGCUGGACAAAUGUGUGAGACUUGUAUUCGGUUCUCAUAUCGUGCGAAAGAGCAUCUGCUCAGCCGAUACCAGCCAGUGGUUUAGCAUAGGCCUGCUGUGAUCUGGCUCUCUGUAAGCGUUGCGGCCCCAUCACGGCAAUCGGGGAGGUACGGCGUGCCAGGCUAGGAUGUUGGAGCGGUGACUCAUGUUGGCACCCAUCCUCAUGUGUAGACGCGAGGGUAGGUGUGUGAGGGAUGUCAUCUGAUGGUUGCUUCAGUGUUGCAUGUGCCGGUUUGAUGUGUCUGUCUCCUACAGGACCGGAUCCCAUGCUUUAUGUUGGACCAUGUGUGGUACGUGCAGUGCUGGGGAUUUAUGUUGUUUCUUCAUAGCAGACUUCCGAAUCACCCGAGUAGGCUUCAUCUUGGGCGACGAGGAUCACCUCACCAAGGGUCUAGAACAAACUUCACAA